AUGGGAUAAAGUCACCCAAACGAUAAUAGAAGACAGGUAAGAGGAGGUAUUUACAUAUAGCUUUAAUAAACUGCCUUUGUGAGCAACUAAGUCAUUCAAGGCUUGCUUAACAUCAAUUUAGAAGAGCCAUUUUAAGGUCAUAUUUUAUAAAUUACCUUAAAUGGUGUAGAAGAAACUCGUUUCACAUACGCUGUAAGGAGCGGCAAACACACUUCAACGAGACACGCAAUAGGUUAAAAUAACUUUCUCAACUUUUCUAUUCCUAUUUAUGAUUUUUCUCAAGGAUCAAAUGACCCUGCUUUUAUAAUCCAACCCUGUUAGUUAGUAAUUCCAUUUUAAUUAGUGGUUGCUGAUAAAUUGCCUUCUUCGAUGAGGUAUUUCUACACAGAGGCUAAUUAAUGCUCAAUUAAAUAUAAUCUUAUUGCUUCAAUAAUUCCUACAGAGGCUAAUGUGAAACCUGUAUAAGGCAUUUAAGAAAUAUUUAUCGGAUAACAAAUCCCUACUAUUGAUUUACCUAACACUACUACUUCUACUUAAUCCCCUGAGGUAUGUUGCUGUUGUAAAUCAGGGUAAAUUAAAUAUAACAUAACUACAAAUAGCAGAUCUUACUCACCUAAUGAAAUUAUCUCAAUGAAAAUUGACAUAGAUUUCAACUAAUUCAAUAAAAAUAUCAAAUGUUUAAAUAUUAAACUAAUAGGCCUACUUUCAAUGAAAGCAAGUAAUACUUAAAGAGAAAAGCAUGUAGUAAUUUACGAAUAACCAAUGAGCGUAAAAGUGGAGAAAUCUUAAAUAAAACAGGAAGUACAAAUACAAAUACCUGGUGAUGUUACUUUAUCCUCUCAGGGUCAGAUGAUUUAAGUAUAGUAUGGACUACAAUUAACUUCAGUGAUAGAUACUUGCUGUUGCGUAUCAGAUAGUUAACCUCAUGAAAUAAAGCUCUACAUUAAUCCUUAAUCAAAUUAAAUAUUUGGUUAUAAUGGAAUCCCAUAAUAAUUAUAAGUCUAAGCCCCUCAAAGCUGGAAUCCUAUUUAGCUAUAACCUACUUAAUUCAACUAGCAGCAAAGCGCCUACAUAUAGCAAUAGCAAAAUUAAUUUUUUGCUAGAGAGUAGCAAUACUAAAUAUAAUUAAAUAAUUAGCAAAACAAUCUUCAGAUUCAAUCCUAAUAACCUAUCAAUUACGUGCCUGAAUAAAUGGGACCUUAAGUAUAUCCAAGCAAUAUGUAAAUGGCAACCCUAAAUUAAAAUUUUCUUUGA